AUGAAUGAUGAAAGAAUUUAGUUUUUAGAGUGGAAAAAUGAAAAAGCCAUUUUGCAAUAGAAAAUUUAAAUUUAGGAGAUGUAUAUAUAGGAAGCUAAGGAAAGAGAAGAAAAUUUAAGAAAGAUGAAUGAUAUCUUCAUAAAUACAUUGAAUUAAUAAUAAAAUGGGAAUGUUGUUCAAAAAUUUUAAAAGAAUUAUGAAUAGCAUGAGAUAGUAAAAUAAUAAGAUAUUAUAAAUGCUUAAUAAAUAGAAAUAAAAUUGCUAGAAACUAAAUUAGCUGAAAAAGAAAAUGAAAUUAAAUUAAUUUAAAAAAGCAAUGAGAAAGAGAUUGAGAAACUAUAAAAAAGGAUAGUUGAAUUAGAAUAUUUAUCUUGCAAUAAGGAAAACAUUAAUUAUUAAAAUAUAAUUGAAUAUUAGGUAAAUUAAUAAUAUGAUAAUGAUAAAUCUAUACAAAAUCAAAAAAGAAAUUAAAGUCCAUCUUAUCCUACAACUAGAAUUAGAGUGAAUCAAUAAUAAUAAUAAACAAUUUUGAAUAAUAAAUUUGAUGAAUUUACUUGUACAAAUCAAGAUUCAAAUGACAUUACUAGUUUCUUAAAUAAAAUCAAUCCUAAUUUAUAACGACAAAUGAAAGAUAUUUAAAAUAAACUAUUAAAUACAAAAAAGAAAUUGACAACAACAACAGAACAAGAAAGUUCUUUUAUACGUUAGUCAAUUUAAAAAAUAAAAAAUGUAUAUUAUACAAUUUAUAUUAAGAGAUCUAGGAACCAUUCAAUUUCUAUAAAUGAGAAUACAAAUUAUGAAUAAAGAUCAACAUGGGAUGAUUAAGUUGAGUAUAGAACAAAUCAAACAAAUUAAACAAAUUAAUCUUUAAUAUGUAAUGGAUUCAGAUUUUCUUGA